CAGGGGUGACAGGUGCAGGGAUCACAGGUGUCACAGGUGUAGGGGUCACAGGUGUGACAGGGGUGCAGCUCCAGGUGCUGCCGAUGCCCUCAGAGGUGACCAAUGUCCAGCUCCAGGUGCUGCCACCACCAUCAGAAGUGACCAGUGUCCAGCUGCAGGCACUGUCACCACCUGAGGUGACCAAUGUCCAGCUCCAGGUGCUGCCACCAGCAGCAGAGGUCACCAGUGUCCAGCUCCAGGCCACUGAAGUGACCAAUGUCCAGCUCCAGGUGUCACCACCUGAGGUCCCCAAUGUCCAGCUCCAGGCCCUGUCACCACCUCCAGGUGUCACCAGUGUCCAGCUCCAGGCCACUGAAGUGACCAAUGUCCAGCUCCAGGUGUCACCACCUGAGGUCCCCAAUGUCCAGCUCCAGGCCCUGUCACCACCUCCAGGUGUCACCAGUGUCCAGCUCCAGGCCACUGAAGUGACCAAUGUCCAGCUCCAGGUGUCACCACCUGAGGUCCCCAAUGUCCAGCUCCAGGCCCUGUCACCACCUCCAGGUGUCACCAGUGUCCAGCUCCAGGCCACUGAAGUGACCAAUGUCCAGCUCCAGGUGUCACCACCUGAGGUCCCCAAUGUCCAGCUCCAGGCCCUGUCACCACCUCCAGGUGUCACCAGUGUCCAGCUCCAGGCCACUGAAGUGACCAAUGUCCAGCUCCAGGUGUCACCACCUGAGGUCCCCAAUGUCCAGCUCCAGGCCCUGUCACCACCUCCAGGUGUCACCAGUGUCCAGCUCCAGGCCACUGAAGUGACCAAUGUCCAGCUCCAGGUGCUGCCACCACCAUCAGAAGUGACCAGUGUCCAGCUGCAGGCGUUGUCACCACCUGAGGUGACCAAUGUCCAGCUCCAGGUGCUGCCACCACCAUCAGAAGUGACCAGUGUCCAGCUGCAGGCGUUGUCACCACCUGAGGUGACCAAUGUCCAGCUCCAGGUGCUGCCACCACCAUCAGAAGUGACCAGUGUCCAGCUGCAGGCGUUGUCACCACCUGAGGUGACCAAUGUCCAGCUCCAGGUGCUGCCACCACCAUCAGAAGUGACCAGUGUCCAGCUGCAGGCGUUGUCACCACCUGAGGUGACCAAUGUCCAGCUCCAGGUGCUGCCACCACCAUCAGAAGUGACCAGUGUCCAGCUGCAGGCGUUGUCACCACCUGAGGUGACCAAUGUCCAGCUCCAGGUGCUGCCACCACCAUCAGAAGUGACCAGUGUCCAGCUGCAGGCGUUGUCACCACCUGAGGUGACCAAUGUCCAGCUCCAGGUGCUGCCACCACCAUCAGAAGUGACCAGUGUCCAGCUGCAGGCGUUGUCACCACCUGAGGUGACCAAUGUCCAGCUCCAGGUGCUGCCACCACCAUCAGAAGUGACCAGUGUCCAGCUGCAGGCGUUGUCACCACCUGAGGUGACCAAUGUCCAGCUCCAGGUGCUGCCACCACCAUCAGAAGUGACCAGUGUCCAGCUGCAGGCGUUGUCACCACCUGAGGUGACCAAUGUCCAGCUCCAGGUGCUGCCACCAGCAGCAGAGGUCACCAGUGUCCAGCUCCAGGCCACUGAAGUGACCAAUGUCCAGCUCCAGGUGUCACCACCUGAGGUCCCCAAUGUCCAGCUCCAGGCCCUGUCACCACCUCCAGGUGUCACCAGUGUCCAGCUCCAGGCCACUGAAGUGACCAGUGUCCAGCUCCAGAUGCUGCCACCACCAUCAGAAGUGACCAGUGUCCAGCUGCAGGCGUUGUCACCACCUGAGGUGACCAAUGUCCAGCUCCAGGCCCUGCCGCUGACCUCAGGUGUCACCAAGGUCCAGCUCCAGGUGUUGCCAGCACCUCCAGGUGGCACCAAUGUCCAGCUCCAGGCCACGGAGGUGACCGAUGUCCACCUGGAGACCUCAGAGCUGCCCAGUGUCCACCUGGAGCCCACAGAGGUAACCAAUGUCCACCUGGAACCCACAGAGGUGACCGAUGUCCACCUGGAGCCCACAGAGGUGACCGAUGUCCACCUGGAGCCCACAGAGGUGACCGAUGUCCACCUGGAGCCCACAGAGGUGACCGAUGUCCACCUGGAGCCCACAGAGGUGACCGAUGUCCACCUGGAGCCCACAGAGGUGACCGAUGUCCACCUGGAGCCCACAGAGGUGACCGAUGUCCACCUGGAGCCCACAGAGGUGACCGAUGUCCACCUGGAGCCCACAGAGGUGACCGAUGUCCACCUGGAGCCCACAGAGGUGACCGAUGUCCACCUGGAGCCCACAGAGGUGACCGAUGUCCACCUGGAGCCCACAGAGGUGACCGAUGUCCACCUGGAGCCCACAGAGGUGACCGAUGUCCACCUGGAGCCCACAGAGGUGACCGAUGUCCACCUGGAGCCCACAGAGGUGACCGAUGUCCACCUGGAGCCCACAGAGGUGACCGAUGUCCACCUGGAGCCCACAGAGGUGACCGAUGUCCACCUGGAGCCCACAGAGGUGACCGAUGUCCACCUGGAGCCCACAGAGGUGACCGAUGUCCACCUGGAGCCCACAGAGGUGACCGAUGUCCACCUGGGCACAAUGGAGGAGGUGCCCAGUGUCCACCUGGACAUGUCAGAGGUGCCCAGUGUCCAGCUGGACGUUCCCACUGCCCACCUGGAGACCUCUGAGGAAGUGCCCAGUGCUCACCUGGACACCUUGGAGAUGACCAGUGUCCACCUGGAGGUGCCCAGUGCCCACCUGGACCCCACAGAGGGGCACCUGGACCCCCCCUAGGAGGUGCCCAAUGCCCACCUGGAGACCGCACAGGUAACCAGUGCCCACCUGGAGACCUCUGAGGAGAAGCCUGGUGCCCACCUGGACACACCUUGGAGGUGACCAGUGCCCACCUGGAGACAUCAGAGGUGCCCAGUGCCUACCUGGAGACCACACAGCUGCCCAGCACCCACCUGGACACACCUUGGAG